CCAACACCCCCUCCUUCGUGAAUCAGUGAAUGUCACUCAGCAUCAGAAGCAAACAAAGCCUUAGCUUCUUCAAAAAUCAAAACCCAAACCAAAUCCCUAGCUCCUUCAACGGUUCCGGCGCCGCCGGCCGUGGUUGUCGACGCCUCCGCGGCCUCCUCCUUCCCCCUGUUCAAACCCAGACCCUCUCUUGUAGCUUGGCACAUCGUCCAUGCUGCGGUGGCUUCUCUGUUUGAGGCUUCGAGCUCCUCGCCGUUGUGUCGCCGUCGUCUCGCUGUUGUCUCUUCGUCGUCCUGCUCGCCGUCGAAGUUUUUUCGGUUGAAUCACAGUUGGACCGGUUAGACCAGUAAACCAGUGACUAGAGCGGUUCGAUGACCGGUCCCGGUUUUCAGAACCUUGCUGAAAACGCAUUUGCCCUUCUCCACUUCUCCCCAAAACAAAAAGAAAGCUGAAGCCUAAGGGUGAGAAACCCUAGCUUCUCCACCACCGCCGCAAGGGCUGCCGCUGUCCAUCGUGCCCAGGCACCACCGUCGCAUGGACUGCUGCAAGGAUUGCCACCGCUCGUCCGUCGCAGCUUCUUCCUUGAGCUCGGUGUCAGUCCCUGGUGUUCAUCUGCUCCGGCGCACUCCUGCCGUCGUCCGGCGCACUCCUGCCGCCGUCUGCCGCGCUCAGGCAUCGUCUUCGUCUGGUCGUGGUGCUCGAAGUCCCCACCCACCAAUCGCAGCUUCUUCAUCGAGCUCGGCGUCUUCGAGUGUGCUCUUCGUUUGCUCAACUGCAGGACUGCUGCCGUCCGUCGUUGUUCUCGUCGUCUGGGCUCCGUCUCCGUCGCACUUCUGCCUCUCUGCUCAGACUGCUUAGAAGUCAGAACGAAGGUUUAGGUUUCUGCUACUCAUAUUGGUUUCUUCGUUUUUGUUUUUUUUAAUUUUUCAUUCUUUGUUCUUCGGUUUAGGAUUCUGCUACUCAGAUUGGUUUCUUCGGUUUAUUUUUUAUUUUUCGUUCUUCAUUCUUUGUUUUUCGGUUUAGGAUUUUGCUAGUGCUACUCAGAUUUAAUUGUUAAAUGAUUAGCUCUGCUCAGCAGCAGUGUACUCUGUUUUUUUUAUUUUAUUUUAUUUGUUCUGCGCUGAAAAAAUUGUGCUGAAAUUUUGAUAAUCCUUGUUAAUUCUUAGAAAAGUUUGUUAAUCUUUGUUAAAAUUGUGCUGAAACCUUAUUAACAUUGUGAUCUGCCUGCUGUAUGCUGAAAAUCUUGUUAAUAUUUGUUCAAAUUGUGCUGAGAACUUUGCUAAAACUUAAAAAUUUGGCACGUUACUACUGUCUGCUGAAUUGGUCAAGUUUGUUCAAACUUAAAACUUUGUUCAUUAUGAUUAACUCUUCGUUAGGGAAGGAAUAAAUUGGUCAGCUUUGUUUUUAAUUCAGUGAAGAAAUAGAUGAAUUGAAUUAAGUCAAUUAACCAAAUGAGUGUGAGUAGAUGCCUGAAUGAAUUUUCUUGUUUCUUUAGACUAUUUUGAUAAGUUCAAUAGUGAUACAAAGACUAACGAGUGUGAAAUUGUUAAUAAUUGAGUAAAUGACUGAAUAAAUUUUGUUUCUUUUGUUAUUUGACUUUUGAGUUUGUUGAUGGUAUGGAGUUUUGAGCUGUAUGUUAGAUAUAAGUUUAGAUUGUGUUAAAUUUUGAUAAUUGUUAUGUUUUGAGAAGGUUUGGUUCAGUGAUUAGGUUGAGCUUAAUUGUUGAAGAGGUCUUGCUACUCAGUACAGUAUUAACUUAUUAAAUUAUUAGAAUUGCAUUUUGUUUGAACAGUGUUGACUUAUUGAAUAGUAUUUCGUGUUUGGAAUUGCAUUUUGCUUUAGAUGGUGAUGAUUUUCUUAUGGAAUGACCAAGUUUGUAUUAGACUACAAGUAUGUAUUUGGGCGUUUAUUUAUAAUUUAUUUAUUAUUUUAUUAUAAAACGGUUUUUCUGGUUAGGCCACGGUUGAACCGCUUGAACCAAUAAACUAAUGAACUAGUGACCAGAGUGGUUCGAUGAUCGGUCCGGUUUUUAGAACCUUCGUUUUAACACAUGAUUUUAAUUUAAUUUUAUUUAUAUAAUUUUAUAUUUUUUUAAAUUAUGACCGGGUUAACCAGGUAAAUCAGUGACCUACCGGUUGAACCAGUAACCUGACCUGGUCAUAUGAUCGAAUUGAUUACCGGUUUGGUUCUGAUAACCAUGGGUGCAGUUAACUUCAUGUGAAAUUGAUAGCUGAGAGCCGUUAGAUGACAAUUUAGUCAAACCUGUCAAAUCAUUUAACGACUUUCAGCUAUAUUAACUUCACAUGAAAUUAACUGCGCCUGAGUUUCUACCCUAAAUACUCUCUACCAAAGAAUUUAUGUGUUUUUUUUGUUUGUUUGUCAAAGUUACACCCUCAACAUGACACAUAACAAUUCAAGUAACUAUCAUUUAUUUUUUUUCUUUUUUGGUCAGGAAACAACUAUCAUUUGUGUCCAACUAUGGCAUUGCCUAUUUGGAGCGUCCGACCAAAACUGGCUAGGCUGAGAGAGUUUCAUGUUGAGUUCAGUUGCCACUUCACGAUCUUCGAUUCUGACUGAACACUGUUAUUCCCUCCCAUGAAAUGUUCUACACAAGAAGACCAUUCUCCUCCUCUUCUUCUUCUUGCUCCUCAAAGAACCAUUCACUCCAAACGUUACUGAAGCGUGGAUUCACACCAACCCUGAAAUCCAUCAACAUAUUCCUCCUCUCCCUCCUCCGCCACCGCAAGUUCAACCUCAUCAUCCACCUCUUCACCUCUGCCACACUCAUCCCCACUAACCCUACCACCCACUCCAUCCUCACAUGGGCACUCCUCCAUUCUAGAAGCUUCCAAGAUGCCGAGAAUCUCAUCUUAACUCACUUCACCCAUUCCCAUCCUCGCAUCUGGGACACACUCAUCCGUACCCACCAUGACCCUCAAAGGGCACUCUUUCUUCUACGCUAUUGCCUCCAAAACGGUGCUGUUUUGCCCUCUCCUCUCACUUUCUCUUCUCUUAUUCACAGGCUCUCUUCUCAGGGGGACCUAGGCAUGGCAAUGGAGGCGCUGGAGAUCAUGACAGAUCAUAGGGUAAGGUACCCUUUUGAUGAUUUUGUUUGUAGCUCCGUGAUUUCUGGGUUUUGUAGGAUUGGGAAGCCUGAACUUGCGUUAGGGUUUUAUGACAAUGCUGUGGGUUCUGGGGCACUGUUGAGGCCCGGCUUGGUUACUUUAACUGCAAUUGUUGGUGCACUUGUUAGGUUGGGGAGGCUUGAUGAGGUUUGUGGUUUGGUUAGGAGGAUGGAGGAGGAUGGGAUUGGUUUGGAUGUUGUUUUGUAUAGUGUUUGGGUUUGUGGGUAUGUUAAAGGGAAUGACUUGGUGGAGGUUUUUCGAAAGAUGAGGGAAAUGGUGGUGGUGAAGGGUAUCGAUCAUGAUCAUGUGAGUUAUACUAUACUCAUUGAUGGGUUUUCUAAGUUAGGCGAUGUGGAGAAGUCAUUUGGGAUCUUGGCUAAGAUGAUAAAGGAAGGGAAGAGACCCAAUAAGGUCACUUACACUGCAAUAAUAUCUGCUUAUUGUAAGAAGGGUAAAGUUGAGGAAGCACGUGGUGUUUUUGACAGGAUAGGUGAGUUGGGAAUUGAGUUGGAUGAGUUUGUGUAUGCAGUUUUGAUUGAUGGAUAUUGUCGGAUUGGAGAUUUUGGUAGUGUCUUUAAGCUAUUUGUUGAAAUGGAGAAAAGAGGGGUUAGUCCUAGUGUUGUUACGUAUAAUACCAUAAUAAAUGGUUUGUGCAAGUUCGGGAGGACGUCUGAGGCGGAUGAGUUAUCGAAAGAUGUGGCUGCAGAUGUGAUUACGUACAGCACGUUGUUGCACGGUUAUACCGAAGAAGAGAACACUCCGGGGAUUUUGCAGACAAAGAGGCGACUAGAAGAAGCUGGAAUCGCCAUGGAUAUCAUAAUGUGCAAUGUGCUGAUCAAAGCAUUGUUUAUGAUGGGGGCUUUUGAAGAUGUUUAUGCUCUUUACAAAGGAAUGCCGGAAAUGGGCCUGGUUCCGAAUUCUGUUACUUAUUGCACAAUGAUUGAUCAGUAUUGCAAGGUAGGUAGAAUUGACGAGGCACUUGUGGUAUUUGACGACUUCAGAAAAACAUCAUUCUCUUCACCUGUAUGCUACACUAGUAUUAUUCAUGGCCUCUGCAAGAAGGGUAUGGUAGAAAUGGCCAUUGAGGCAUUAGUCGAACUCAAUGAUAAAGGACUGGAGUUAAGUAGAUAUACAUUUAGGAUGUUAAUGAGGACAAUUCUCACUGAAAAGGGAGCAAAAGAGGUUUUAGAUUUAGUUUACACAAUGGAAGGAUUGGGCCAAGACUUAUAUGAGUCAGUAUGUAAUGAUGCGAUCUUUUUAUUAUGCAGAAGAGGAUUUCUUGAGGAUGCAUAUCGCUUGUGCUUGAUGAUGAGAAAGACAGGUUUAUACGUUACAAGAAAUUCUUAUUAUUCUGUUUUGAGAAGCUAUCUUAGUAACAGGAAUAGGGAGCACAUGCUGCCCCUAUUGAAUAUCUUUCUAAAAGAAUAUGGCCUAGUUGAUCCAAUGAUGCGAAGGAUACUAGCAUGCUUCCUAUGUUUAAAAGAUAUCCAUAGUCCCCUUCAAUUUAUGGGAAAAACAAUCUCUCUUCCUGUCUCCAUCCUCAGGAUUCUGAUAAAGGAAGGUAGAGCUUUAGAUGCAUAUAAGCUUGUGGUAAAGACUCAAGAUAGUUUACAAGUCAUGUAUGCUGAUUAUGCCAUUCUGAUUGAUGCCUUAUGCAAGGGAGGAUAUCUCAAUAAAGCAUUGGAUCUUUGUGCCUUCGUUGAAAAGAAAGGGAUCACUUUGGACAUAGUUGUAUAUAAUUCUAUAAUAAAUGGAUUGUGCCAUGAGGGACGUCUUAUUGAAGCAUUUCGGCUAUUUGAUUCAUUGGAGAAACUUAAUUUGAUACCAUCUGAAAUAACUUAUGCCACAUUAAUUUAUGCACUAAGUAGGGAGGGAUAUCUGGUAGAUGCCGAGCAUGUUUUCAGUAAAAUGGUCCUGAAGGGCUUUCAACCAAAAACACAAGUUUAUAAUUCACUACUUGAGGGUAUUUCAAAGUUUGGUCAAUUAGAGAAUGCGCUCGAGCUUCUAAACGAUAUGGAGACAAAAUAUAUUGAGCCUGACAGCUUGACGGUUAGUGCUGUCAUAAAUUGCCAUUGCCAAAAGGGCAACAUGGAAGGAGCACUUCAAUUCUAUUAUAAGUUCAAGAGGAAGGAUGUAUCACCUGAUUUUUUUGGGUUCUUGUACUUGAUAAGAGGAUUAUGUUCAAAGGGACGGAUGGAAGAAGCUAGGAGUGUCUUGAGAGAAAUGCUCAAAUCGAAGAAUAUUGAAGAGAUAAUUAACAUAGUUAACAAUGAGGUUUAUAAUGAGUCAAUAGGUGGCUUUCUUGCCAUUUUGUGUGAGCAAGGAAGUAUUCAAGAAGCCCUUGCAGUUCUCAAUGAAAUUGCAAGCACGCUUUAUCCUGUUCUAAGGUUUUCUACAUAUAAUCAAGGAGCUCAUGCACAGAGGAACAUUUCUGAGCUGAACGCUGGUUUACAAUCUUCAAGGCGUCUAUCCUCCUCUUGUAGAACUGGUUUGGAUUUUGGAUCUUGUGAUGCUAGCGAUGAAAGUGAUCUUACAAUAAAUAAUGAUAGUCAUGUGACAAGGUCCCGGCCACUCAAUUUCGACUUCUAUUAUUCCGUGAUUGCCACACAUUGUGCCAAAGGGGAGCUACAGAAAGCUAAUCAAGUAGCUAAGGGAAUGCUUUCCCACCUAAGUCGAGGAGCUGAACAUAAAAAAGAAGAGAGAAAAUGAAUUCUUUCAAUGUGGCAAAUUCUCUAUUUUUAAUGACAGGUGAGAUCACACAGUUGACAUUUGCAGCAUCAACCAGAUAAACAAGAAAAUGAUGUCCUAGACCUCUUGUCAUUCCAGUUUCUUUGACCGCAAAACCAGUCUGAAAAGGACAACAAGGUGCCAAUUGGAGUGCAAGGGAUCCGUAUCUGACCUGUAAGAUAUAUAAAUGAUAAUGGGAGCAGGCACUUGAUUACAUGCUGAUUGCUGCUUUAAGCUUGAAAUUAAAAAAGUAAUGCUCUGCAUUUGUGGAGAUCAAAUAGAAUGGUUGACUUCAAACAAAUGAAAUCUACCUUAAUCCUAAUGCCUUUUGCCCUUCAUGGAGGAGUUUUGAAUGACAAAGAACCAGAAAUGAUUUCAUUCUUAAAUCAGAUCUCUUUUUCUUUUUUGGGUAUUUAGAGAAAAGAAUGAAGUGAUUUCAUUUAUAGAUCAGAUCAAAUUGGGUAUACCUUAUUUUUUUCCCCCAGAUCUUAUCAUUUUCCUAUGUAUUUGAUUGGAAAUCAUUUGGUAUCUAAAUGUUUGAAAAGACUUUUAUACCCUUCUUAAUUUUGGUUCCAUUUUUAGCCCAUUCUUUGAUUGGAGGGAAUUCCCCUUGUUCCGAAGCUGAAACCCUCUAUUUUAUAUGCAAGAUUUAGCUUCCGAUUGGGUCAGUGUGAAGCAUUGGCUUUCAGCCUUAAGCUCGUGAGGCCAUAGAGAAUUUCUUUUAUUACUUUGUCAAACAGUUAAUUUUACGAUGCAUUUUUGAGAAAUAGCAUGGCCUUGCUCAGUUGCUGUUGACAUCAGUGUAGAAGUAUUUGGUUCUGAGCCUGCUCUCAUUCAAUGCUUAACAGGAAAUUUGGUCGCUUCGUUUUGGAAUGCAUAGACUUCCAUCAGCCACUAAGCAGUUGACAAUCAAUUCUUUGAAAGUAAACAAUCUGGUUAACAAGGUCAUAUCCGACAUUGUAACUCUGCUGAGCCAAUAAGCCGAUAACAGAAGAUCGGUUGUCGAGGCCAGUGGCACUGACUGGACCUAUAGCCAUGCAAAAUACGCUGUCUGUGAGCUGUUCAAAGAAGCUUCCUGUGUCCAAAGCCAAGUCUGCACCUUGAGCAAAAUGGAAUGUAACCACUGGAAAUCCAACUAAAUCUCUACUCACAACCCCCAAAUAGCAAUAUAGCCAGGGAUAAGUUUCGAUUAUAACUUUCCUAAAGGACCCGCCGAGGAUAUUCCUAACUUCCUUGUAUAGUAAAUUUUGCACAUCAUCAGGUAGGUAGGUGAGCGUAGAUCCUGUGUCAAUGAUGACACCACCCGCACCAUUCUCUUUUAUCUCAAAAGUUGCAGGAGCAAUGUCAAGCCUCUUUUCUCCUAUACUUAUGCCUUCCAUGGUGAUAUAAUACAUGCC